CCCACCCUUUCACUCCCUCACUUCUCUUCGCCCCCUUUUCCCCUCCGACCCCAUUCGCCGCCAUGGCUCGCCGAGCUCGGAACCCCGUCAAUGGUAGAGGGAAGAGGAAGCGCGGUGUCAAACCGUGCCAAUCCUCCGAUGACGAGGGUUUAUCUUCCACCUCCGACUCCGAUUUCGUCGUUGGCAUCGACGAAUCCGAAGAAGACGAGGACGAUGAUGUAGAAGAAGCCGCUGCUCCUCCGCCCCCGCCUCCACCUAUAAUGAUGUAUCGUCGUAGAGGAAGAGCGGAGAGGAAGAGGAGGAGAGGCGAUGACGAGCCUCCAUUGAUAUGGGAGGCGUGGGCGGAGGAGAACUCGAAGUGGAUCGAUGAGUUUGAGCUGGGAAGAGGUGGCGGCAGUAGCAAGCAAUCCGCGGUCGAGAUAGUCGAUCCGGCUCCGGAUAUCCUCCUCCCCCUUUUGAGGUUCCAAAAGGAGUGGCUCGCAUGGGCUUUGAAGCAGGAGGAGUCCAACAUUAGAGGGGGAAUCCUUGCGGACGAAAUGGGGAUGGGUAAGACGAUCCAAGCCAUUUCCCUUGUUCUUACUUCGCGUUAUCUCCGAUCAGAGAGCAUCGGUGUAGUAGCAAGCUCUGAUUUGCCGUCUACAUCAUCGUCCUCACUUCCAAGGACCAAAUGCACGCUAGUUAUUUGCCCGGUAGUUGCAGUGAUACAGUGGGUGGGUGAGAUUGAGAGGUACACUGAGAAGGGGAGUGCUAGGGUUUUGGUAUAUCAUGGCGCGAAGAGGUCUCACACAUAUGGUGAUUUUAGUGACUAUGAUUUUGUAUUGACUACUUAUUCUACAAUAGAGUCUGACUAUAGGAAGUAUGUUAUGCCGCCUAAGGAGAAGUGCGAGUAUUGCGGGAAGAAGUUCAAUUCUAAUAAGAUGAGAAUUCAUUUGAAAUAUUAUUGUGGUCCUUUUGCUCGUAAGACAGAAAAGCAAUCUAAACAAGUGAGUAAGAAGAAGAAGUGCUUGGUGAAACAGAAAGGGAGUGCUGUGUCGGUGAAGAAUGAGAAGGGUGGAAAGAAGAAAAAUAAAAAGAAGGCCAAGACGCAUGAUGAUGCACUUCAUCUUAGCUCAGAAGAAGAUGUUGACGAUGAGAAGAAGGGUUCUGAGAAGCCAUCUGAGCCACUUAAUGAUAAAAGGCAAUCGGUUCUACACUCGGUGAGAUGGGAACGUAUUAUUCUAGACGAGGCCCAUUUCAUAAAAGAUAGGCGUUGUAAUACCGCAAGGGCUGUUUUUGCAUUGGAAUCUCAGUAUAAGUGGGCUCUAAGUGGCACUCCUUUACAAAAUCGAGUUGGAGAACUGUAUUCUUUGGUUCGAUUUUUACAAAUCUUCCCCUACUCCUUUUACUUCUGCAAGGAUUGUGAUUGUAAAGUGUUGGACUAUGGUGCUUCAAAGGACUGUGUCAACUGUCCUCAUUCUUUUGUGAGGCACUUCUGCUGGUGGAACAAAUACAUAUCCAAUCCAAUACAAUGUGCAUCCAUGGCUCCUGAAGGCGGAAGAGCCAUGGUUUUGUUGAGAGAAAGACUUCUAAAAAAUAUAGUGUUGAGGCGCACAAAGAGUGGGAGAGCUGCAGAUCUUGCUCUUCCACCAAAAAUUGUUACUUUGAGGCGUGAUUCUCUGGAUGAAAAUGAACAGGAAUUCUAUGAAGCAUUGUACACCCAAAGUCGUGUACAAUUUGAUUCAUAUGUGACGGCUGGAACCUUGAUGAAUAACUAUGCCCACAUUUUUGAUCUUCUUACUCGGUUGCGACAGGCAGUGGACCAUCCAUACCUUGUUAUCUAUUCUAAAACUGCAGAACUACCUGAUGGAAUUAAAGAUAAUGAUGGUAUGAAAAACACUUGUGGUCUGUGUCAUGAUCCAGCAGAAGAUAUAGUGGUUACCUCUUGCAAGCAUGCAUUUUGCAAGGCUUGUUUGAUAGAUUAUUCUGCAAGUCUGGGGAAUGCGUCAUGUCCCACUUGUUUAAAACCCCUUACUGUUGACUUAACAACAAGAAAUUCUGGAGAAAAGCCGUCGGUGCCAGCCAUCAAGGGUUUUAAGCGCUCGGGAAUUUUGAGCAGGUUAAAUAAUAUUACGGACUUCAAGACAAGUACGAAGAUUGAUGCUUUGAGAGAGGAGAUAAGAAAUAUGGUUGAAAGUGAUGGCUCUGCAAAAGGAAUUGUGUUCAGCCAGUUUACAUCAUUUUUGGAUUUGAUUAAUUUCUCUCUGACAAGGUCCGGCAUCAAGUGCGUUCAGUUAGUGGGAAGUAUGACCCUUUCCGAGAGAGAGAAAGCAAUAAGGGCCUUCACUGAUGACUCCGACUGCAAAAUUUUUCUUAUGAGCUUGAAAGCUGGUGGGGUAGCUCUUAAUCUCACUGUGGCAUCUCAUGUUUUCUUGAUGGAUCCAUGGUGGAAUCCGGCUGUCGAGAACCAAGCUCAAGAUCGAAUCCACCGCAUUGGACAGUAUAAGCCAAUCAGAAGUGUGAGAUUUGUAAUCGAGGACACGAUCGAGGAACGGAUUCUGAAGUUGCAAGAGAAAAAGGAGCUUGUUUUUCAGGGCACUGUUGGCGACUCGGCGGAUGCUAUGGCAAAACUGACUGCAGAUGAUCUGCGGUUCUUGUUCCAUACCUAAUCAGUUUAGUUGGAACACAAAAGAAAAAUGGAAGAAACUAACAAGAAAGCUUCUUUUUGAAUAUAAAUGUGAUUUGAAAAUGGUAAUGCAACUAUCCAUGAAUUUUCAUUGUUCAACUAAUGUCGGCCUAAAAUGCUUAUAUUUCUAGGCCAAAAUGUUUUGUCGAUCACUUAGUAUGGUGUAACCAGGGUAGGGUAUGAAUGAUAAAUCCUUCUAUUCAAGGCUUACCCUUUUGCCGUGUCUCUUUGUCAGAAACUGUACAUAAAACAGUUACUUUUAACUUUUUGGUUUCCUGAAAAUUGUCUCUGGAGAUCUCUUUGAUACUCUUUAAUCGUCAAAAGUAGUCAAUAAAUCUCUUUUCAGCA